AGGAUCCUGCUCUUCCUGCCUCCAGCUGACUCCUAGACAUGAGGACCUUCACCCUCCUCACUGCCAUUGUCCUGGUGGCACUCCAGGCCAAGGCUGAGCCUGUGCCACCCACAGAUGAUGUGGUUCCAGACCAGGAGCAGUCAGAGGCAGGGGACCAGGUCAUGGUCAUCUCCUUUGCAGGAGAGGAAAUGUCUGCUCUUCAGGAUCCACAUCAACUGAGGGGGUUGGUCUGCCAUUGCAGAAGAUCCUAUUUUCCUCAAGAACACAUCUAUGGCACCUGCAAUGAGAAUGGUACCAUGGACAGCUUGUGCUGCUUCCAAGAUUCCAGAAAACAAAAAUGAUUUCAUGAUUACUUAUAACCCUAGGAAAGUGCAUGUAUAUUCUGUACCUUGUCUCAAAUAAAAUUCUUGC